AUGCCGCUCCAAGGGUACUUGAUGCGUCCUGUCCUCUACACAAAAAGUACAGCUCGCUUCGCUGCCCUGAGCCGCCCCAAAGGGUCUGUGACGCACUUCACUCCGUCUGUGUUACCGACAGCUGUGCACAUUAUCUAUUCGGAAAACCCAUUUAGUUGCAAGAUGGCACCUCUCCGCCCUCUUCAAUACAGACGCUCACUGACGAGCAAGCAGGGAAUUCCGAAACGAGGACAAGAGCAGAAGUCUUUUAGUGCUUCUGGUUCGGGAAUCGCAGUGGUGGCGCUCUUUGCUAGUGUGCUCAUGGUGUGCCUCUAUUCGCCUUUUCCGGUUAGUGGAGUAUUCGGGGAAGAGCAGCUGAACAUCUGUAAGCCGAAUGGAAACAGGACUGUAUGUUCUUGUGAAAAUAAAACCAGUGGAACACAUAUGGCCACCAUCUCCGCGGAGACAAAUGAACUCCAGGUGAACUGCCAAAGCAGCAUGCAACUCGCUCCAAACGGCCUGAAGAAUUCGACGGUUUGUCCAAUGACGGUGGAAAACAUUUCGUCGUGCAAGGCCGGCGCUGAGAAGGACCACUACAUGGAUCUCAACACGCUCCUCAACGGAGACCAUAAGAUCCAGUGGACGGAUGACAAAGAAACCAAAGACGCAGCUACAUCCAAGAUCCUGAUUGUCCCUCCAGAAAUUCUCCCGUACGUUGACGGAACCUUCGCUGUGGGAUGCGCACUUGGUGAGGAGACACAAUGCAAAGUGGCUGUCACGGUAGCAGCGCGAGCAACCGCGACAACGAACAACAAGAUCGCCUGCGCAUACGGCAAGGACAGCAACAAAAGGCGUCAGAUCAUUAGACUUAGCCCCUCACAAAACACAUUCACCUUGGAUUGUGGUGAGAAGGGAGCGCUGGUGCAGAAGAACUACAAGGAGACAUAUUGCCCCGUGAGCAAAGAGAACGUUGCUGUCCCAUCGUGCAGUGAGAAGUACAAGACUAUUUUCCCUGGUUAUCAACAAGGGUGGUGGACCAGCGAGGCUGACAGAUCCUUCACACUCACAAUUCCGAAAGACAUGUUCCCUGCGAAUGAGACGAGCCUUAUGAUCCAGUGCCAGCAAAAACCACAGAUAACCGAGGCAGAGAAAGCCGCGAAGGACGAACCACAGUCCCGAGUCUGCAGCGUUGAUGUGACGAUCGAACGCGGAGAGAAAUCAAACUCGGUGCGCCCGUCUGUGGCCGCUGCUGCCACGGGUGCUUUUUUGCUGGGAUCUGGGAUACUCCCGUGGCUGGGUUCCCUUAUUUGA